UUACGACUCCGACAACGACCCGACGCGUCCCACCGCCGGCGAAACCAUCCCGAUUUCUCGACGAAUCCAGUUUCUAAAACCUUCGUCAAGUUCUCGAUCGAUCGUUCGAUUUGUACUAUUGUGUGAUUGUGUUCAUCUCAAGUGCUUUGUGUAUCUAUAUUUGGAUUACUUUCAUCUUGAUUUAAUUGGUGUGGGAGUUCGUGAGGUACAAGGAGGCUGUUGUUCCCGGCAGUAAUGACCCACAGUUAGCACGAUGGGGGUGUCUGACGAUUUAGCCCCGAGCUUCACACAGAAGCCGCAGCUGCGCCAGGAAGAUGACGGCAACAAGCUCAUCUUCGAGUGCCAGCUCCUGGCCUCCCCCAAGCCGGAGAUCAGCUGGUACCGCAGCGAUGAACUCCUCAAGGAAGACAACAGAACUGCUUUUAAAAUCCAAAGUAUCACGAACAACAAGUUCCUUGUGGUGCUGGAGCUUGACGACGUGAUCGAGACGGACGCGGGGCUGUACAAGGUCAAAGCUAAGAACAAGAUGGGCGAGGUGGCCGCCUCCAUCAAUCUUAACUUUAGCCCCGCUGACGAGGAGAAACAGAAACAAGUGGACGGCAAAGCACCGACAUUCGCGCGCAAGCCGGCCAUAAGGCAGGAGGACGACGGCAAGCGACUUAUCUUCGAGUGCCGCAUCGAGGCGACGCCCGUGCCCAGCGUAGUCUGGUUCCACAACACGACAGAAGUAAAACCAGGAGCUAGACAUAAAUUGACAGUAAGCAAAGACGGCAAGUCGUACUACGCGUCGUUGGAGAUCAACAACGUGACAGUAGAGGACGCAGGCAAAUAUCGGGUGACAGCCAAAAACGAACUCGGAGAGAGCAAUGCAACAAUCAGCUUGAACUUUGACAGCGACGAAGCCCCCGUGCCUGAAGACUCAAUCAAACCUACUUUUACGGAGAGGCCCGUCAUCAGGCAAUCGGAGGAUGGUACCAAAAUCACUUUCGAAUGUCGAUGCGUUGGCAAACCGAAACCAACCGUCACAUGGUACCAUGGUAAAAAGAUAGUUAAAGAAAGUAAUAGAUAUAAAAUAACGCUCGAGGAGGAUCAAACUUUAUAUUAUAUGGCGCGACUAGAAAUCAUAGGCGUGGAAAAUGCUGACAAGGGAGAGUAUAGAGCUGUAGCAAAAAACAAAUACGGAGAAGGUGUAGCAAAAAUCAAUUUAAAUUUUGAAGGUGGAGAUAAACCAAAAAUUCCCGCUGGUAAAGCACCAAGGUUUCCUAAAAAGCCAACUAUUAGACAAGAUGGUGACUUACUAAUUAUGGAGUGUAUACUUGAAGCACAUCCAAUGCCAGAUAUUACCUGGUUCCAUGGAGAUACAGAAAUUAAAGAUGGUCCUAAAAUGAAAAUGUCUAGAAAAGCAACCGGAAAAGAUACUUUUAAUUUAACAUUAGAAAUCUUAAAUCCGACUAGGGAAGAUGGCGGAAAUUAUAGAUGUAACGCCUUUAACGUAUUUGGUGAAAGCAAUGCCAAUAUUGCUCUCAAUUUUCAAGGUGGGGAUGAAGAAAAUGGUUUCGCUCCAUCAUUCAUCGAGAAACCAAGAAUUAUACCUAACGAGGAUGGUACGUUAAUAACAAUGAGGUGUGUCUGCAAAGCAAAGCCGGCGGCAGAAGUAACGUGGUACAGAGGCACAACGGUUAUCAAGGCUAGCAGUAAAAUUCAACUUAAGUCGACCGUAAUUAGCGAAGACGUUUAUGAACUAGUAUUGCUCCUAUCAAACCCUACAGCAGCGGAUGGUGGCGCGUACCGCUGUCACGUAAGAAAUGAAUUUGGCGAAAGCAAUGCUAAUCUAAACUUAAAUAUUGAGGCUGAACCAGAACCUGAAGGUGAAGGGCCGUCAUUUGUUGAAAAGCCCACUAUUCAGUCCAAAGACAACGGUAAAUUGGUAAUCAUGGGUUGUAAAGUUAAAGCUAGCCCGAGACCAACAAUUGUGUGGUAUCACGAGGGUAGAGAAAUAAGGGACUCGUCGAAAAUUAAAACCAGGGUCGAAGUCAAAGAAGAUAUUUAUACAAUUAUUUUGGAACUCAUUGACCCUGGUAUUGAUGACUCCGGAUUGUAUAAAUGCAACAUCAAAAAUGAACUUGGAGAGCUCAAUGCCAAUCUUACGCUCAAUAUUGAAAUCAUUCCAGUUAUCAAAGAGAGACCAAAGAUCAUUAAAAUAGUUAAGAAGAAGACUGUGAUCGUUGAAUGUAAAGUAUUAAGUAAAUUUGCACCUUCUUGUACGUGGUUCAAGGAAGCAAGUGCAGUCAAAGAGGAUUCCCGACAUACCGUAUUGAUUGAACCACUGAGAGAAGGCGAAUUUACGGUUAAAUUAGAAAUUUCAAAUAUUUCUCAACAAGACAAAGGCUCAUACAAACUUGUUGCCAGAAACGAGAAAGGUGAAGCUACAUCACAGCAAGUUGAAAUAACUGAAAUUCCCGAAGAAAAGGGUGAUAAACCGUACAUCAUUAAACAUCUAAGAAGUCUGGCAAGAAAAGAAAAUGAAGAAGCAGAAUUUGUAGCUGUUCUCAAAACAUCAGAUCAAUCCUGCAGAUGUACUUGGUACAAAAACUCUACAGUCAUCAGAGAUUCAUCUGAGGUCAACACUUCCUUUGAUGGUACUAACGCACGGCUGAUCAUCAGAAAAGUGUCGGUAAAGUACGUCGCAAACUACCGAGUUGUUAUAAGAAACGAAUUUGGCGAGGACGAAUCCAGCGCUGAUCUAACUCUUGUAGAGGAAAAGAAAAAGAAAAAGGAAGAGGAAGAAGAAGAAACAACUGUUAUCGAAGAAUCUGAAGAGGAGAUGUCUAUAGUAGAAGAAAAGUCGGUUAUUGAAGAAAAUCAUGUAGACGAAAGGAAAGAGGAACAGAUUCAAAAGCAUGAAGAGGAAACGCAAAUAAUUCAAGAAAAGAAAUCUGCCGCGAAGAAGGUGACAAAGAAAGAAGAAACGAAGGUGGAAGAAAGCAAACAAGAAAUGAAGAUUGAAGCCAAAAAAACGGAAGCUCAAGUAGAAGUUAAGAAAGUAGAAGCUAAGAAAACUGAAGCGAAAAAAUCUGAAGCUGAGGUAGAAGAAACCAGGAAGGUAUUGGAAAAGAAAACCGCUAAAACUGAAGAAGAAAAGUUAGCGUUAUUAGAGAAAAUUGAGGAAAGAAAGAAGAAACCAGAAGCUGAACCUGAAGCCAAAAUUGAGGGUAUUCCUAAACUCAAGCCAGUGAAACCUAAAGAAGAAGAAACCAAAGUUGUCGACGAAAAGAAGGAGACUACCAAAAAGGUCGGAGAGAAGAAGAAAGUCGUUAAAAAGAAGGUUGUUUCUAAAAAAGAGGCCGAGGAUGAAUUCGAGUUCGAGGAUGAUUACGAGCGUCCAGUUUUGGAGAAAUACGAAAAAAUUACACCUACACCACUUUAUAAAAAACCUAAAAAAGAUGACAUUCCUAAGGGUAAGCGGGGGUCAAUGUCUGAGAACAUUGAAAUUGAAGAAAUCGAAAGUGAAGAAGAGCCAUCCUUGGCUGGACCUGUACCUGAUAAGAAACAAAAACCUGAUAACAAAGAAAAGGUUGAAGAGGAAACAAGACGACCUAGUCUUAAAAAGGGUAUUCCAAAACCAGAAGAGCCUGUGGAUGAAUUAUCGAAAGUUAAAUUAUCCAAGGGCCCAACAAAACCUGGCCAAGUAGAACCAGAAGAGCCGCAAGUUGCUCAGGUUAAAAAGACAGCUAAAAAGCCCGAAGAAGAAAGAGAGUACGUCGAUGAUUACGAAAAGCCAGAUUUAGAGAAAUACGAUAAAGUAUCGCCAACAAGCACAGAUAGAACUAAAAAACAAAACGGAGUAAAAGAGGAUGAAAUGAUUGUCGACGAUUAUGAGAAACCAGAAUUGGAAAAAUAUGAAAAAAUCAGUCCUACGCCUAAGGGCAAACGAGGCUCUAAAGAAAUUCAGGAUGAGGUGGACAUAAUGAAAGGUAAAAUUAAACCCAAAGAUAAAGAAGACGAACCACAAAUCCCAACACUACGUAAACGUUCUGUACCUAAAGAUAAGGACGAAGAUAAGAAACCCGACGAAAAGCCAAAGAAAAAAACUGUGAAAAAAGUUGAAACGGGUACUAAAAAACGAUCAUCUAUCAAAGAAAAGGAGGAUGAAUUUGAGUUUGAAGAUGAUUACGAGCGACCCGUAUUGGAGAAAUACGAAAAAAUUACACCAACACCAUUACCUAAAACACGUAAAAAGGAUGACACUCCUCAGGAGAAACGGCCAUCGGUAUCUGAAAAAAUUGAGAGCAUUGAAAGUGACGAAGAGACAUCGGUAAUUGAAUCAGUACCGGACAAAAAACACAAAAUCGACAGCAAUGAAAAGGUUGAAGAUGAAAUAAAGCAUCCUAGUGAUAAAAAGAGUAUUCCUAAACCAGAGGAAUUAGUUGAUGAGCUAUCAAAUAUCAAACUAUCUAAAGGGCCAUCAAAACCUGGUGACGAAAAACUUGAAAAACCACAAGUUGCUCAAGUUCAUAAGAUAAUUAAAAAGCCUGAUGAAGAAAGAGAGUACGUUGACGAAUACAAAAAGACAGAUCUUGAGAAACACGACAAAGUAUCGCCUAGAAGUACAGAUAGAACUAAAACUAGAACAGAUUUAGAUGAGGAUAAAAUGAUUGUCGACGAUGACGAAAUAUCAGAAUCUGAAUAUGAAAAAGUUACACGUACAACCAAAGGCAAACGUGAUUCUAAAGACGUACAGGACGAGGUGGAUAUUAUGAAAGGUAAAAUUAAACCCAAAGAUAAAGAGGACGAACCACAAAUACCAACACUGCGUAAACGUUCCGUACCUAAAGAUAAGGGUGAAGAUAAAAAACCUGAAGAAAAACCAAAGAAGAAAACCGUUAAAAAAGAUGUUACGGUUACUAAAAAACGUCCAUCUAUUAAAGAGAAGGAGGACGAAUUUGAGUUCGAAGAUGAUUACGAGCGUCCAGUAUUGGAGAAAUACGAAAAAAUCACACCAACACCAUUACCUAAAACACGUAAAAAGGAUGACACUCCUCAGGAUAAACGGCCAUCCGUAUCAGAAAGUAUUGAAAUUGAGGAUGUUGAAAGCGAAGAAGAACCAUCCAUAGCUGAACCCGUAUCCGAUAAAAAACCAAAAUCCGACACCAAAGAAAAGGAUGUAGAUGAAACCAGACGACCUAGCAUUAAAAAGGGUAUUCCCAAACCAGAAGAGUCCGUGGAUGAACUAUCCAAAGUUAAAUUAUCCAAGGGUCCAACAAAACCUGGCCAAGUAGAACCAGAAGAGCCGCAAGUUGCUCAGGUUAAAAAGACGGUUAAAAAGCCCGAAGAAGAGAAAAAGUACGUUGAUGAAUAUGAAAGACCAGAUCUAGAGAAAUACGAUAAAAUAUCGCCAACGAGCACAGAUAGAACUAAAGUACGAAGAGAUUUAGAAGAGGACGAAACGAUUGUUGACGAGGACGAAAAAUCUGAAUUAGAAGAAAAUGAAAAAGUUAGACGUCCAACAAAAGAUAAACGUGGUUCUAAAGAUGUACAGGACGAGGUGGAUAUUACGAAAGGUAAAAUUAAACCCAAAGAUAAAGAAGAAGAACCACAAACGCCAACACUGCGUAAACGUUCUGUACCUAAAGAUAAGGACGACGAACAGAAACCAGAAGAGAAACCAAAGAAAAAAACGGUUAAAAAAGUUGAACCAGGCACUAAAAAACGACCAUCGAUCAAAGAAAAAGAGGUUAUGGAAGAAGAAUUUGUCGAUGAUUACGAAAGGCCAGUACUUGAAAAAUACGAGAAAAUCACACCAACACCAAUACAGAAAAAGAAGAAGGACGAAAAGAAACCAGAUGAGGAAGUACCUUCCGAGUCAUUCACAUCUAGGCGACCUUCUGCUAAAGACAAACCAGAGCCAAUGGAUGUCGAUGAGGAGGUUCAGUUGAGUAAACCGAAAGCUCCAACGAAACCGGCACCUGAAGAUGUCUCACUAACACACAAAACACCAGCAGAAAUAACUCCCACGGAGGACGAGGCUGAGGCGAAAUUAAACGUCAAAAAGCCAGAAAUUGUCGAGGAAAAAACAUUUAAGAAACCAUCUAUUAAAGACAAGGGCAAAAAGGGUGAGGACACAGAAGAGUCUGUCAGUCUCACCAAGCCUCGCACUAAGACAAGCACAACUGCUCCGGAGGAUGCAUCUCUCACGCACAAGACACCAGCUAAGAAAGAGCCUACGGAGGGAACUGAGGCGGCAGCACUUAAAGUUAAAAAGCCAGCUGUUGUCAAGAAAGGAGUCAAAGAUGACAAAGAGGAGCCUUUGGCAAUACAAGGAGGCAAAUUUGAAAUACCAAAACUUAAGAAAACAGUUAAGAAAACUACAGACAAACCUAAACAAGCAACACGUAGUGAACAGGAAAUACACGAUGGGUACGAGCUUGACUUUGUCGACGACUACGAGCGACCGGUAUUGGAGAAGUACGAAAAGAUUUCUCCCACGCCUACAGUCAAGGAGAAGAAAGAAAAAGAACAAACAACGACUGAAAGCAGAAGAACUUCGGUUCAGUCAGAGAUGAAAGAAGAAAUCAAAACCGAGAGCCGUAGAAGUUCCAUUAUUGAAAACAAAGCUCUUAAGCUUACAAAAGAAACGGCUGAAAGCAGAAAGUCGUCGAUUUCUUCAAUAUCUGAACAGCAACAAGUAUCCUCUGUGCGCAAGGGUUCACUUAAGACCGCCGUAAGAGAAUCUGAAGUAAAUGAAUUAGAGCAAAUAAAACUGAAGGAUGACGUUGCUAAAGGCAAACCAGAAGAAAAACCCGACGAACAAACAGAACACACAACAGAAACACCACACCCAUGGCGAACAUCUAAACCAAACACAGAGGAAACAAAUGACAAAUCAACACCAAAACGCAGUGUUAGUUUAGACCAACCUAGGAAGUCAUCCUUCCCCUGGCGGCGAUCAAGCAGAGGAGAGGACGUUGAGGAUGACACAGAAACAAAUACAACACAAACAAAAAGAACAUUACACAAAACACCGAAAGAACCUACACCUACACGACGUGAUUCUAAACACGAUGAGGAAACAACUGAAACUAAACCAGAUACGGACAAAACAACAGAUAAAAACGAUUCCAUAGAAUCUAAGUACCCAUGGCGACGACGUAGCCUAAAAAAAGAGGAUGUUAUAGAACCAAAAUCAGAUAAACCUACAGACAUCUCACCCAGUCUUUUAGAUAAUAAAAAAGACACGGAUAAACCAAUUAGUAAAAAAGACAACGAAAACAAAAUUGAUGAAACGGAUACGUACCCAUGGCGCCGAUCAAGUACCACGAAAGAGAAACCAGAUAUAUCUGAUCGCAAAGAAUCAAUUCCGAGUUCUGAGACGAGUGAACUAGUUGAGGUCACUGAUAUUAAUAAGCCAACAGAGCCCUCUUACCCUUGGCGGAAACAAAUAAAAAAGGAGGUUCCGAUAUUUAUCACACCAGACGAUGACACUAAGCAAAACGAAGUACCUUUUUCAUGGAACGUUAUUCCUGAAAUACCACAGGCAGAACAAACGCCAGAAUUGGAAGACAAAUUCAAGCCAACACUACUCGACACACGUGACACUGUACCAUGGAGAAGGGCUAAAUCCCCUCAGGCUGAAGACAAGGAACAGAGCAAGCCGACUACAUUAGAAACACCGCCUAGCAGCACUCCAACACCUGAUGAGGUAGAGCCUCAAAGUAGAUUUAGCAGCAAAAUUAAAAAUUCACAAAAUUUUACAAAUAACAUGAGCACCAAAUUUUGCACCAACUUUUGA